AUUGCCAAUUUGCAUAGGUUUUAAAUAAUUAGUAUUGGUAAACACCCGUAGGGGACACCCGCCUAGGGCAAGAGCGCCCCUGUACUGUAGUUACAGGAAUGAGGAGGGGAAGAAGGGCGGAACUGCUGCAAAAGUCUGGCUUCAAAGGCGGAACUGCUGGUGUGCUUUACGACCGAGGGGGCUCCUGCACGUGUUACGUAGCCUGUUCGGAAAAGAAGGAAAGGCGGACGAUUGCUCGCUCGUGAGCCUGGAAACGGGGAGUCUCGGCGGCUGUCUCCCCAUGGCGGCUGUGGAAGAGGAAGAUCCCUCCGAGAGGGAGCUGGUCCUGAGUGAGGAGGACGGGGUGGAAGAGAUGGAAGAGGAGCGGGCAGCCAAGAAGCACCGACAGCUAGUGGAUGCCCUCACUGCCUUGGUUGGUGGGAAACGGCGGCGAACAGUUGAACGUACUGAGGCCAGCGCGCAGAUUUCAGAAUUCGAUGUGGGUGGUGGAGGUGCUAAUGAGAAAGUUCAGCUCUUGGAGCUGCUGCAACCGGUUUCUGCCUCGCCGGCUCUGCUCACCACUCAGAAACAGCUGAAAAAAGCCCAGCAGAAAAAAGCAACUGAAAUCCCCCUUAGUAAGGAGGAGAUUGAACGGGUGGUGAGGGAAGCAGCAUACACACAGACGGCCGAAGCUCUCAACAAGUGGGACCCAGUGGUGAAGCAGAAUCGACGUGCCGAGCAGCUGGUCUUCCCACUGCAACAGGAGAGCAUGACCAUUGUGCCGAUUGAGGAAGUGAUGUCAGGCUGGCAGGCACGGACCCCCUUGGAGCAAGAGAUCUUCAGCCUCCUCCACAAAGCUCAGCAGCCGGUGAAGGACCCGCUUUUGACCCCACAGGAAAAAGUCUCAUUGGAGGCCAUGAGCCUGGAGGAGGCUAAGCUGCGCCGAAUGGAACUCCAGAGGGCUCGGGCCUUGCAGUCCUAUUAUGAAGCCAAAGCCCGACGUGAGCGGAAGAUUAAGAGUAAAAAGUUUCACAAAAUGCUUCGGAAGGGUAAGAGUCGAAAGGUGCUGCAGGAGUUUGAGAUGCUGCGGAAAUGCAACCCCGAGGCCGCCUUGGGGCAACUGGAGAAGAUUGAGAAAGCACGGAUUGAGGAGAGGAUGAGCCUCAAGCACCAGAACAAGGGCAGGUGGGCCAAGUCAGCUGUCAUUAUGGCCAAGUAUGACCUCCAGGCUAGGCAAGCUAUGCAAGAACAGCUGGCUCAGAACAAGGAACUAACACAGAAGGUCUGUCCUGCCUCGGAAAGCGAAGAGGAAGAAGUGGGUGACCACCCUGAAGCAGAGAAGGAUCUGGUUCCAGAUGUUGCCAACGAGAGGCACAUCGGAGUGGAUUCCAGCAACCCCUGGAUGUCAGGAAAAACCGCUGCAGAAUCCAGGGAGGAGGAGCCAGAUGUUCCAGCAGAAGACAGUGGAGAGAGUGAGGGAGAGGAAGAAGGAGAAUUGCUCUUGACCAACAAGAAGGAUUUGUCGCAAGGGUCUGGUGGACAGCGAGGCAGUGCUGGGCUUCAAGGGCCUAGCAAAGGAGCGGUGCCAGCAGAUACUCUGCCGAGCCCCCCAUCAGGGGAGCAGCCCUUCCUGAGUGAGAAACUGAAAUGGGUUCGCACCCUGGAGGAGCUGGAGGAGGACCUGGAGCCAGAGGCCAUUCCACCGGAAGAUGAAAUGCUGCAACCCAGAGAGACCCAGUCCUCCCAGUCAGUGGGAGCUGAGUCCCCGCUGCAGCCCCAGGCCAGCAAGUCCAAGAAGUCAGCCAAGCACCAGGCUCUGAUUGAUCUCAAGGCAGUCCUUGCAGGGGCACCACAUGCCACACAGUGCCCACUUGUGCCCACUGCUGUGCAGGAUGAGCUGGAGUCGGGCACAAGCCAGCGGCAGGUGAUCCAGGAGGCUUUUGCCAGUGACAACGUCCUUGAUGACUUUCUGAAAGAGAAGUGGGAAGCCGAAGAGGCCAGCAAACCAAAAGCAAUUGAUUUGGUGCUGCCAGGAUGGGGUGAAUGGGGAGGCGCGGGGCUGCGGCCAAGCAAUAAGAAAAAGAAAAGGUUCCUCAUCAAGCCGGCCCCUGGACCCCCAAGGAAAGACCAGCACCUGCCCCACAUCCUGCUGAACGAGCAGCGGAAUAUUUUAGCUGCAGCUCACCAGGUGAAUCAGCUCCCCUUCCCCUUUGAGAGCAGUCAGCAGUUUGAACGCAGCAUUCAAGUGCCCGUGGGCCCCACUUGGAACACACAACGGGCUUUUCAACAACUGACAGCCCCCCGGGUGGUCACUCAGCCCGGCCAGAUCAUCCAUCCCAUCACUGCAGAAGAUGCCAACCUGGUCCAUCAGGGAGACAAGUCAACGGCCACCGUUGGACGGAAACCAGAUUUGGAGUUAAGCCUCCCUCCCCGCCAGCCUCAUCCUCCCCGUGUCUCAAAGAAGAAAGGCCGGUAGGAGCAAAUUUGUGCUGGUACUGCCAUUGGCACAAUGGCACCUUGUUGGCGCUGCCCAGAACUGGUCUCUCUCUGGACUUUUUCCUACUUUGAUCCCGAUUCUUUACAUGAGGAUCUUAUAUACCAAGGGUAACGCUCCUCAAAUGAAAGCUAUGGUUGCUUUCUUUCAAGUGGUUUGGUUUUAUUCUAUAUCCCUCACCCACCCAUCCCUUUUUUUUUUAAACAUUAAAGAAGCUAGCUCUUCUUGUGAAAACUCUUUCAACCGGUUCCUUCUUAAUUAAUGGGCUAACUCAGGAGCAAGCAGUCCUAUAUCCGUGAGCUGCUUGCAGCCACCGUAAUAGAGUCUGAAACAGAUGCCUUGGACCUUACAGAAGCUUAAGGCACCAUUUUCUCCAGUUAAAAACCUCAACCCCCCACCCCAAUAAUUGGGUCGAUUCUUCCUGUUUUGGGGAAGG